AUGGGACGCCACGGCGACGACGCCGUCUCCGCGUUCGGUGACGAGAAGCGCGGCGCGCGCGCGUCGUACGAGCGACGACGACGACGAGAGAUUGCAGAGAAACGCGGACGCGGACGCGGACGCGGACGCGGACGCGGACGCGACGGCGUCUCGACGCACGUCGACGCCGAGUACGUCGACGCCGUCGUCUCGCGCGCUCGAUCGUCGCUGGACGACGUGGUAGGGGACGACGGCGAGGGAGACGACGACGCGCGAGGAGCUGACUUGGAGGAGCUCUUACGCGACGCCGAACGCGCGUGCGCGCCGAGACCGGGAACGGCGUCGAUGUAUUUCGACGGUGAAUGGGCCGAUGACGCGCUACGAGAGGUUGCGUCGACUUCAGGAGUCGAAGGCGGCGACGCCGGUGCGAGCGCGGAUAUCGCGGCGGCGCUGACGAUCGACGACGUCGCUCUGGAACGAAGACUGCGCGAAACGUCGCUCGCCCGACUACUCGGACUCGGAGAGGAAUACGAGGACGCGUGUGGGUACGACGGCGUUCUCGAAAUGAAAGCACCGGCGUCGGUGAUGGAUGCGUCUCCGGUGAUCGGUGUGAACGAAGCUUCUGAGUCUGCGCCGACACCGCCCGCGAAGGUGACGGACGAGGACAGUUGGCUCGACGAACUCCUCGACGGCGACUGA